CUCAGAGUACUAACGUAAGUCGUGGCGUAACGCGGGGGAUGGCGCAACGCGGGGAAUUCACCCCGCCGACUUCUGAUAACUGUGAAUAACUCAACAAUGGUUCGCUGUAAAAGCCUGGGUGUUGCUGAGCGUGAAACUUUAAUAGCCCAGGCAGUAUUAGACGUCCAAUCUAAGAAGUAUAAGAGUGCAUAUCACGCUGAGAAAGUGCUGGGGCUGCCGAAGAGUUCAGUGACGCGACGCGUCAAUGGAGGUUUGACACGCUCCCAAGCCCGCCAGAAACAGCAGAAUUUAUCAGGCGCGCAAGAACAGAUACUUCUAAAGUGGAUUAAAAACCUAACAAUCAGCGGCUAUUCUCCAGGGCAUCAGUUGUUGAAGGAAAUAGCUGAAGAACUCCGGUCGCACCGGUCACUCAAUUUUGACGACGCGACGCCAAACUUACUUCUACCCCAACCACGAUUUUCCCUCGGUCGCGACUGGGUACCACGAUUCAUACAACGACAUCCCCAUCUACAGGUCGCUAUUGGGCGACGGAUCGAAACUGUACGCAUGGACGGUGCAACAAAACCAGUGCUUACGGCAUGGUUUAACGCGUACACCAAGGUGGUUCAAGAGUUUGGAAUCACGCAAGAGAACACAUAUAACAUGGAUGAAUCCGGAUUUUCGAUUGGGACAAUGGAAUCUACUCGAAUUAUACUUGAUUCAACGCUUCGUACGAAGCAUCAAGCGCAUCCUGGCCGUCAGGAAUGGGUUUCGAUGGUCGAGUGCAUCUGCGCAGAUGGAACCAUCCUCCCACCCCUCGGGAUCUUUAAGGGCAAGAACUUUCUCCAAUCAUGGAUUCCGCCCGCAGUCAUCGACCAGUGGUUCUUCUCUGCGAAUACGAAAGGCUGGACAAGCAACCUCCAUGGGUUGGAGUGGUUAAAACGCAUCUUCGAGCCAACAACACGUACAAAAGCAGAUGGUCAGCACCGGCUUCUUAUAUGUGAUGGCCACGACUCACACAUUAGCGGGAGUUUCAUUGCGCAUUGCAUGCAGAACCAUAUUGUAUUACUGAUACUUCCCCCUCAUACAUCGCACUUACUACAACCACUGGAUGUUGCGAUAUUCGGCCCGCUAAAAAAGCGUCUGACAGCAGCGCUCUCCCCACUCAACCAAGCGCAACUUGCGCGCAUAAGAAGUAUGAAUGGAUGGAGGCAUACAUCCAGGCACGGCUUGAUGUAUGCAACCAUCAGAACAUUGAGUCAGCAUACCGUGGCGCUGGCUUGUUUCCUUUUAAUCCCCAGCGAGCAUUGCGUACGCUGCUCAAUGCUGAACCAUCAGUCGAGGCUGACCGACCAAAAACACCACAUCAGUAUGAUAUUUUUGACCGAGUCUUUAUCAACAGCUCCCCCCCAGAUGGGAUGACCUUACGCUCUGCAAAUGCGCUUCUUACAACUACGAUUAAUAGUGGUGGGGUGCUGUCAACACCAGUGCGGACGUACAUCCAAAAACUCACAGUUGCGUCAGAGCAACUUCGAGCACGCAGCAUUGUCCACCAACUCGAUGCCAACAACCUGCGAUUAGUUAUAAAGCAACGUACGGUACGUACGAAGGGGAAAAGGGUUAUUCUGAAGGGUCACUUUCAUGUUUCUAUGCAAGAGUUGUGUGAUGUGGUGAUGGAGGCGGAAAAGGCGACACAUAACCCAAGUAAGAAAAAGCGCAAAACAAAGGAUAAGAACGCCUCCUCAGACAUUGAAAUUGAUGAGUAUAUUGAGGAAGAAGCAGGGGAACAAUCUAAGAGUGAUGGUGGAUCAUGUAUUAUCGUUGAUUGUAGUUAAAUUUACAGAUUUGUUGUGUUCUCUUCAAAUUUCCACCGCGUUACGCCAUCCCCCGCGUUACGCCACGACUUACGUUACUCAGAGAUCUUCGAGUAGAGUACUGUUUUUUGGGCUCGAGUAGAGUAGUACUCGAGUAUAAAAAUGAAAACAUGAUUGAUAGCUAUAUAG